AUGGGCUGCUUCUCCAUCCUGAAGACAACCAUGUUCGUAUUCAAUGGGGUGAUAUUUCUGGGAGGCCUGGCUGUGCUGGGCAUCGGCAUCUGGAUGAAGCUCGAUAGCAGCUCCUUUGCGAAGAUCCUCGACAAGGCAGUUCCACAACUGCCACAGCUCCCCCAUGUGGCCUACCUGUGCAUUGCCCUCGGCGCCUUCUUGCUCCUGGUGGGCUUUUUGGGAUGCUGUGGGGCCAUGAGAGAAAGCAAAUGCCUGCUAGUGGUGUUCUUUGUGGUCAUGCUGAUUCUCUUCAUAGUGGAAGUGUCGGGGGCUGUUGUGGUGCUGGCUUUCUCUGCCGUGGCAGAUAUAUUUGUUGACCACCUGAAGCAGUGGGCGUUGAAGACUUUAAAAGAGGGCUAUGGAAGACAAGACGACAUUACAGGCAUUUGGAAUACCACAAUGAAUGAGCUGAAGUGCUGUGGAUUCCACAACUAUACUGACUUCAGCAAUUCUUUCUUCUAUCAAGAACAUGCCAACAAAUACCCCGCCUUUUGCUGCCCAGCCAAUGAAGAAUGUCCUGAAUCAGAUAUAGACAAAAACAAGCAGGGCUGCCUGCAUAAAUUCCAGGUAUUCCUGAGCAGGAAUGGAAAAAUUGUUGGAGGGGUUUAUCUUGGAAUUGGGGCUCUCGAGGCGGCUGCCAUGAUCGUCUCCAUGACCCUGUAUUGUCAGAUCGGUACAAAUCUUUGA